UCAAACUCUGGUUGGUGAGCAACAGCUGAGAUCGAUGUGCCAAAAUCUUACCCAGGAAAUGAGGGUGAAACAGCUGACUCCAGUGGACCACUUACCCACAAUCUUUGAGAGCCAUGAUGAGGUGUAUCAUGAUACUCUGUGCACUAAAGAUGCAGGACUCAGCAGUGGCUGCCAUCCUCCUCAAACCCAAGAUGACUACCUGAAAUCUAUCUGUCAGCUGGCAGAGCCCACCUUCCUCUUCGGCACAUCUUCAAAAACCCAGAACUCAAGUUACGUAAAUACUUUGCUCAGCACUCCAAAACAGACCAUCAGUCACAGACAUAACGCUGACCCUCCUUCUCCCAUAUCCCUACAGAGAAGCAGCAGAAAAGGCAAUCGCUUGUGUAUGUUGGCGGAUGCUUUCUCUGUGGACACUAUCACAACUGCAGUGAGCAGCAGUGAGACACUGGGUAAGAGCUCUGACUCAUUUUCACGGCUCUUUAGCCGAUCACACAAUGAAAACCAUAGAAGAAGUAACCAACAAUUUCCACAGCGACAUUUUCUGGCUCUUUAUGCCCAGGAAGCCAAAUGUUCCAGGAAGACUCACUGGCUCUCACUUGACCACAUGAUCAUGGAAGAAAGUUGCCUUCAUGGAAAACAGCCAUCACGAGAGGAUGUCAAGGCCUCAUCGACAGGAUGCUCUGCCAACAUUAUGCAAGGAAAGCUUGCAUCUUCAGAACUCUUUUCAUAUCACUGGUAAUGAACAGUGCAGUGUUUCUAAUUGCAUGAGAGAGUCCAACAGUUCUCUAACAUAGGAAGGUCAGGAUUCCUAAAAUCUUGGUCACUAUCAACUUCAACGCAAAAAGAACUGGGCAAAACUUGUCACUUUCCAUUCAAGGUCACCGAUUCAAUGAAGAAAACGCAUCUCUAUUCCCCUCAGUCACCAGUACUACACUGCCAUUAGGAAUCUAGAUUGAAUAUAUCACAAACAAAGAGAUUCUAUUUGAAAUGAGUUUGUUGACUUACCCCUAGUUCUGCGAAAAAUGUAGAUACAGCUCCUAAUUUGGGCAUCUCUUCUAUUUUUCUAUCUUACCCUAUUGCUUCACUCAAUUGCUUCACUCUCCCUCAUGCACACUGCCUUUCUGCUCAGCUUUCCCUGCGAACCCACUUACGAGCGAGCCUUGAAGUAUAUAUUUAUCUAGAUAUGCUGCCCUCUUUACCAAUGAGAAUCCUGGCUGCACAAUACAUUGGGAACCUGAAGCAGUGGAGACUCUCAACAUUCCACCAAAAAUCCAAAAAUUUGGAGAUUCAGAAAACUUUAUGAGUUAAAAACAAUUUCCUAAUGAGUGGGCUUAAUGAGUUAAAAUCAUUUCUUGAUGUAAUAUUAAUCUAAAGUGUAGGAUGGGAAACCUGCAGCGUUGUUUGGAAGGCUGGUUUAACAUGUACCUAAUGUUAUUCCAAUGGAAAUUACAAUCAAACAGGGUGGAAAGUGUGUUGCACCAAAUUUCAGAGUUGGGUUAAUAUAGCAUUCACUCUGCUGGAACAGACAGUCUUACCUGAUGGCAGACUCUGUCUGUUUCUGUUUUGCCAGUUAUAUAUUCAGCCUGCAUUGUCCAAGUAGUUACAAAAUGGAAUUUUGAAUGCCAUGCUGAAUUCCAAGAUCCUAAAUGGAUUGAGGUUCAUAAGCGAUUUUUAUUCAGUUUAAAGGGGACUUUUAGUUUUGUUUGAUUGAUGUUCCACAC